AUGGAAAGAAAAAACCAAACAGGACUUGGAAACUUUCUCCUCCUUGGAUUCACAGAGGAGCCAGACCUGCAGCCUCUCCUCUUCGGGCUGUGCCUGUCCGCGUACCUGGUCACGGGCAUUGGGAACCUGCUUGUCAUUCUGGCCAUCAUUUCAGAUUCCCACCUCCACAUGCCCAUGUAUUUCUUCCUCUCCAACCUUUCCUUUGCUGACAUCUGUUUCACCUCCACAACCGUCCCAAAGAUGCUACUGAAUCUGCAGAUGCAGAGAAAAGUUAUUACCUAUGAAGCCUGCCUCAGCCAGAUAUUUUUUUUCAUUGCGUUUGGGUGCCUGGACAAUUUACUCUUGACUGUGAUGUCCUAUGACCGUUUCAUGGCCAUCUGUCACCCCCUGUACUACACAAUCAUCAUGAACCCCCGGCUGUGUGCAUUGAUGGUUCUGGGGUCCUGGUGCAUCAGUGUCAUAGGUUCCCUCCUCGAGACCUUGACUGUUUUGAGGUUGUCCUUCUGCACAAACAUGGAAAUCCCCCAUGUUUAUUGUGAUCUUCCUGAAGUCCUGAAGCUCUCCUGUUCAGACACCUUCAUCAAUAAUAUUGUGGUGUAUUUUGUGACCAUUAUCCUAGGUGUUUUUCCUCUCUCUGGAAUCCUCUUUUCUUAUUCUCAGAUUUUCUCCUCCAUCCUGAGAAUUUCAUCAGCCAAGGGCAGGUACAAAGUCUUUUCCACCUGUGGGUCUCACCUCUCGGUGGUCUCCUUGUUCUAUGGCACAGGCCUUGGGGUCUACCUAAGUUCUGCAGCCACUUCAUCCUCUAGGACAAGUCUGGUGGCCUCAGUGAUGUACACUAUGGUCACCCCCAUGCUGAACCCCUUCAUCUACAGUCUGAGGAACCAGGACAUGAAGGGGGCCCUCGGGAGACUCCUCAGCAGGGUGGUGCCUCUCUCUGUUGGGACUAUCCCAUGA